GGGACUUUCCCGAAGAAAAAAGAGCUUUUAUAUUUGAAGAGCUUGCACUUCCGUAGCGCAUUUCUUUUCCGGGACCAAAGUCCCGGCUGAGCCGCGGCUGCUCUUCCAGGAUCGAGGUUGGAUGGUGAGACCGAUGCGCGUCCGCGAACCUCUCGGACACGCGCGUUUAACGGAUCGUUCCUCCCUCGCGGAUCGCAGCUGCUUUUGGAUCCUACUCACCUGCCCGCCGCCCGGUGUCCCCUCCGAGAGGCCCGCAGGUAGACAGCGCGCGGACGAUGUGGCCGGCGCACGGCCGCCGCUGGUCCGAGCCGAGCCGACGCGUUUCACCCGGACGCGCGCGGGCCAUGUCGCGCUUUUAAAAUCCGCUGGAGCCCGAAAGCAGGACUCGGACGUCUAAAACCCCCAAAGGCUGAACACUGAAUCCUUUACUCAAGACGGCAAGUGACGACGGCUCCUACGUGUUUAAUGUAUAUUUCAUCCGAUUGGCGUCCAGUGUGAUAAACAUCAUCAGCGAUGUAGUGAGCCUGUUCAUCUGCGUGCUCAUCGUUUGCAGUAAAUACUCCCAUCUGCUCAAAAGGGAGACCAUGAAGAUGAUCCUCCUGCGCAAAUUCCGGGUUCUGAUCCUCAUGGUGUUCCUGGUCGCGUGCUCCAUGCACAUCAUGAUCGACUUGUUACCCAAGCUGGAGCGGCGCGGCAGCAGCGGCUGCUCGUGCUCGCACGCGCCCAGCGAGGAGCCCCGCAGCUGGGGGAAGCAGGUCUGGCCCAACAAGCACACGCUGCGGAUCCUCCAGGACUUCAGCAACGAGCCCGGCUCCAACGUCUCCUCCCGUUCGCUAGAGCGGGUCCCCGGGGCGGCGGCGGCGGCGGCGGCGGCGGCGGCCGACCGGGCGCACGCCCCCCGCAGGCUCGAGCACCUGGGGCCGCGCGGGGACCGGAAGCGGCAGAUCGUGCAGGACGCGGCCGCGGCGAGCAGAGACGCGCGGCUCCAGGGCUCGAGGCUGUCGGCUCUCUACGAGCACCCCCUGUACAAAAGGUCCCUGCCGCCUCUGACGGACGAGGACACGCUGUUCAACGUCAACACGGACAUCCGGUUCGACCCCAAAGCCGCGGAGGACCGGGCAUGGAAAAACGAAGGCACCGCGGAUGAGUUGAGUCCAGCGGGGGGGCUGACGGACGAGUCCUACCCCAACUGGCUCCGGUUCCACAUCGGGAUUAAUCGGUACGAGCUGUACUCCAGACACAACCCGGUCAUCGAUGCGCUCCUGAAGGACCUGGUCACCCAGAAGAUCACCAGCGUCGCCAUGAAGUCUGGAGGCACUCAGCUCAAGCUCAUCAUGACCUUCCAGAACUACGGCCAGGCUCUCUUUAAACCCAUGAAACCCCCGAUGAACAUGCAGACUAGUGGCAGCAGAUGUUCCAUCGGGCCGUGGGCCUCAUUCACCUGAUGAGAUGUGAGCAGCAUCGUAUCAGGCCUGUCGAUAGAUAACGGUUACGAGAUUCAGUUAAACUCUUCAGGACGUUUUUAAUGAGCCGUCGUGUUCCUCCACCUGAGUGAAUUCAUUUGUGCCACUUCGCCUCCUUUGAAGGUGGAACAAAUGGCAUCAAGUGAAUUCUCUUGUUUUUGUGUAAUUAGCCUCCCGUUUGUUUGAUCUCGCGUUGAAAUGAAAUGAGAAAAGCGAUGGCACAUUUCCUCGUGAUCACUGAAAAGUCCACUGCUGUUUACUGGUUUCUUCUCUGCUCGCCCAGUGAAACCACAGAAAACAUUAGAAGCACCUGGGAGGCUCGGAGAGAGCAGCUGACAGCGAGAAGAAAAGCUGUGAGGGUUUCUUCACGGAAAGAAAGACCUGCAGAGAAGGUGGAGA